AUGUCCUUCUAUUUAUUAUUCUCCUGUCCCACCUCCAAACCCGGACCCAAGCCAAAGAUCCGAGAAACAGGUCUGCGAAUACCUCAUUUUCAUAGUCUCUCUGUCGAUGAUUAUUGCUGGCUUCUCGUAAUGAUAACUGCGGUCACUUUAAUAGGUAGAGACGAGCUGCGCCUAGAGUUCAGAGGUCGUCAAACGUUUUCGAUCGGAGACCUCCUUUUGUCUCUCUUCCUUCUGCAGCGACUCCCAUUUAAAAUAUCUUUGAACCUUAAAACUCGCACGAGUUAUAUCUAUCUAUCUAUCUAUCUAUCUAUCUAUCUAUCUAUCUAUCUAUCUAUCUAUCCCAGUCUCUUCAUUAUCUUUCUAUCUAUCUCAGUCUCUCCAUUAUCUAUCUAUCUAUCUAUCUAUCUAUCUAUCUAUCUAUCUAUCUAUCUAUCCCAGUCUCUUCAUUAUCUAUCUAUCUAUCCCAAAUUAUUUUUACAAUCUAAUUUCUCUCUCUCUCUCUCUCUCUCAAUCUCUCUCUCUCUCAUUCUCUCUUUUUCUUCUUUGCUUCAUUCCACGUUUUUAUUCUCUCUUCGUUAUGACUUUAUUACUCUUUCUCUCAUUUCCUUUCCUUUUCUUUUCUUUUAUUUUGCUCCUUCUCCUCCUCCUUUCUUUCACCCUCAUCUCUCUUUCUCUUACCUCUGUUACUUCCUCUUUCUCUCUCUCUCUCUCUCUCUAUUUCCUUUACAUUUUAGUCCGUUCACCCUCUUCCAUUCUCCUUCUGCCUUCCUCUCUUGCCUAUCCACUUUUGCCUUUCCUUCCUCGCACUCAUUUUUCCAUCUCUGUCACUUUCCCUCAUCUUUUCUAUUCAAUUUUGAUUCUCUCUCUCACAUCAUCACCCCCUCUCUCUCUCUCUCUCUUUACACUAGUCUUUCUUUCAUCCCAUCAUUUUUUUUCCUCUCUCCUCUCUCCCAGUUUUUCUCUCUCUCUCUCUCUCUCUCUCUUCUGUCAACCUCUCUCACCUUAUCUCUCCAUCUCUCUCUCUCUCUCUCUCUCUCUCUCUCUCUCUCUGUGACUUCUUUCUAUUCUUUCUUAUUCUCUAAUGCUCUCAGUCUGUCAACCUCUCUCUCCUUCUCUCUCCAUCUUUUCUCUCUGUCUCUCUCUGUUCUUCUUUCUAUCUCUUUCUUAUUCCCUUAUGCUCUCAACUCUUUAUUAUUCCCUAAUGCUCUCAGUCUGUCAACCCUUUCCCUCUCUCUCCAUCUCUUUCCAGCUCUCUCUCUCUCAUCUCUCACUGUGACUUCUCUCCCUUUUCUCCUGUCUGUGUUUUCUUUCUACUCAACAGCAUUCCCUAAUUCGAUCUCUCUCUCUCUCUCUCUCUCUACAAAUUUCCUCUCUCUCUCUCUCUUUUUUUUUUUUUUUCUCUCUUUUUUUUUUUUCUGGAAUCUUUUUUUCUGGAAUCUUCGAGUUACAUGA